CCGAGACUCCUCAAGUCGGUCGAGCUAUGUAAACAUAGCUGCCGGCCGCUUCACGCGCGAUCUCCAUUUGAAUUUUAACUAAAGUCGAGUAGUUCAAAGACUAACGCGAUAGUGAAUAGUUCCUAGUUAAAGUUAUUAGUUAAGUUUACAUCACAGGGUAUAUAAACAUCAUGGGCAACGACAAGGAGGACAGCGGCUUCGGGUUCAAGGACCGCGCGAAGGCAGAGGAGACGCUGCGGCUGCUGGAGGCGCACGAGCCCAACUACCGCCGCCUCACCGUGCGCGGCCUGCUGGGGCGGGCCAAGCGCGUGCUGUCCAUGACAAAAGCGGAGGAGAAAAUCAAGAACAUAAAGGAGGCGAUGGAGGUGUUCGAGGCCUGGCUCGCCGACCUCGACAGCAGCAAGGAGAAGAAGGCCGACGACAAACCGGACAAGAAGGAUAAGAAACAGACCGAUAAAGACAAGAAUGGAGAAGAACAGGAGUCGAGCUCUGACGUGGAGAUGGAGGACAAGAGCGAGAAGAAGCCGCCCGCCGACACCGUGCCCGGCCUGGGCUUCAAAGACAAGGAGACGGCGGAGGGCACGCUGCGCGAGCUGGAGGGGCGCGACCCCGACUACCAGCGCCUCGCCGUCAAGGGGCUCAUCGGUCGCGCCAAGCGUGUGCUCACAUGCACCCGCGACGAGACGAAAGUGUCGAACAUCAAGUCGGCGCUGGCGGUGUUCGACAAGUUCCUCGACGACUUCGACAGCCUCCACCUCGCCCGCCAGAACAACCCCUACCUGCCCCUCGGUGUAGUCCGCGCCGCCGCUGCCAAGGAACACGCACAACCUACUGAACAACAGAAAGCGUUCAUAGAAGCGUACAGCUCCGUCAGCGGCGAAUACAAGCGGCUGCGGACCGUGCACGAGACAGACGGCGGCAACACCUGGGACAUCGUCAGAAAUUCCGCACUCAAACACCUCAAAGAGAAGCACGCAGAAGCCAAGCUAUUUGACGACAAAGACGAGCCCACGGCGGAGCACCUGGAGAUGCUGCUGUGGGCAUACUCCCCGGAGCCUGCCAAGGUCAAGAAGGUUAUUCCAGAAGAGAAGGAGAAGAGUGACCGUAAACGUCGCAGUAGCGCAGCGGACGAUACGCCAAGCAAGAAGAAGAAAGAGGAAGAAUCUACUUAAAAUUCUGCCGCAUUUACUUUUGUACAAAAUAAAUAAGUUACUACUUACUGCUAUCUAACAAUUA